UCAUUGAAACAUGUGAUGUUAUUUUUGUGUUCGAUUUUUCGGAAAUUUUUCGUUUUGUUUUUUCCAAAUCCAAAAAUGAAUAAUCAUCUAAAAUUAUUAUCACCAUGGAAUUUAACACGUGUUUUUCUGAACAACAACCGGAUUGUACCAUCAAUCAUACAACAACAACGAAAAUUGACCACUAAAAAUUCGGAAAUUAAUCUCCAAGAACGAGAUUUAAGUCGAGCAUUUUUUCGUACUGAUCUAUCAAAUCCAGCCGAACAUAAUGAUCUUCAUCAUGGUUUAUUUUAUCGAAUACCUAAUGAUAUUGCCAAUAGAUUAUUUUUACUUGGUGGUUUUGAUAAACUACAACAAGAAACAUUAAAAGUUUUUCAAGAAACAGCCAUUAUGAUACGUAAACCGGCAUUAGAAGUUAUUGAUUAUCUUCGUCGAACGGAUUUUACUAAACCACCAAAUUCCUAUGUUCUUUAUGGACCAAUAGGAUCGGGUAAAACAUUUUCAUUAAAUCAUAUAUUACAUUAUGGUUUUAUGGAAAAAUUCAUUCUUAUAAAUUGUACAAGACCAACUGAUUGGAUAAAUUGGCCACAAGAACAAGCACAAUCAACAACCAAUGUUAAACGUAUUGAUACACCACUUGAUGCUGCUAUUUGGUUACAAACAUUUAAAGCACAAAAUAUGACAAUUUUAGAUGAAUUAAAAUUAACAACAUUAAAUCGUUAUACAUGGAGUCAACGUGAACAUACUGAACCAGGUGAUCCAAUUCAAUCAAUCAUUGAACAUGGUAUUAAUCGAAUUAAUCAUGCAAGUGAUUGUAUGGCUGUAUUAUUAAAAGAGCUGAAACUUAAUUCUGCAAAAGGUAAUUGUCGUUUAAUGGUUGUUGUGGAUAAAGCAAAUGCAUUUUAUGAACCAUCAAGAUUACGUUUUCCUGAUCGUACAUUUGCCACUGUUGAUGAUAUAACAAUUGCACGUGCAUUCAAGAAAUUAUUUCGUAAAGAUUGGCAAAAUGGUGCAAUUAUUGCUUCUGUUUGUAAAAAACUAGUUGUACCAUAUCGAUUAUUAUCAAUUUCUGGUAUACCGAAAAAAGAAAAUGAUCGUGAUCGUACAUAUAAACAAUGGGGUCCAUUCAAUGUUAAACAUUUAAGUGAUUAUCCAAAAUCAUUAUUAACCGAUCAAGGUUUUCAAGAUUUUGAUCCAUUUAUACCGAUCGAAUGCAAUCAGUAUGAUGAAAAAGAAUUUCAAAAUUGUAUGGAUUAUUAUCAAGAUCGUCAAUGGUUACAACGACCAAUUAGUAAAACUGAUGAUGGACAAAAUGAAAUACGAUUUUUAUCCGGUAUGAAUCCUGGUCAAGUUUUUCAUAUUUGUAGUGAUCUUUAAUAAUAAUAAAAUUUAUGUAAAUAAACAAACAAUAACAAUGAUUAUCUCUUUUUAA